GGCGUGUCCACCGUGAAGCUUGCUCUUGCUUGCCUAGUACUUCCCGCAUCAAGCAAAGCUACUUCUUCACUUGCAACUGUUUGCUAGCUUCUUGUAGCUUGCUUUUCUUUGCGAGAGUUUGUUACAACCAACUGGCCAAUACUCAAUGGGGAGGCAGCCGUGCUGCGACAAGGUGGGGCUAAAGAAGGGCCCAUGGACGGCGGAGGAGGACCAGAAGCUCGUCAGCUUCCUCCUCAACAACGGCCAGUGCUGCUGGCGCGCCGUGCCCAAGCUCGCCGGAUUGCUGCGUUGUGGAAAGAGCUGCCGGCUGCGGUGGACCAACUACCUGCGGCCGGACCUGAAGCGCGGGCUGCUGUCGCCGGAGGAGGAGAAGACGGUGAUUGACCUGCACGCGGAGCUGGGCAACCGGUGGUCCAAGAUCGCGUCGCACUUGCCGGGGAGGACAGACAACGAGAUCAAGAAUCACUGGAACACCCACAUCAAGAAGAAGCUGAAGAAGAUGGGCAUCGACCCCGUCACCCACAAGCCCCUCCAGCCCGCUCCUCCUCAGGAGCCAACCGGCUCACCGGAGGAGGAGGAGAUCGUCACGGCAGUCACGCCAGGACACGAGGCGUUCUGCACCGACGACGUGCCCAUGGCGCACCUCCUCGACGACAUCGUGUUCCCAGCUGGCGAAGAGGUCGGCGCCCAGCCCGCGCCCAGCGACGGCAUCACCAUGGCUUAUUCGCCUGAUCAGUCUUCUUCCUCCUCAUCCUCGUCGUCCUACUCCGCCUCGGUGGCGGCAGCAUCGAGCGGUGGCAACAGCAGCGCCGACGGCGAGUGGCCUGAUUGGCCGCCGAUGGACUGGCCGGAGUCGAUGUGGCAGCUGGAGGACGUGGUAACGGGGCGAGCGCCUUGGGAGUUCGAGGACCCCUUCGUGACGUACCAGAGGAUCGCGCUGUUCGAUCACCAGGAAACUUGUUGCAACGUCGAGCUCUUCUGAUGAAUCGGUCAUUCAUUGUAGCCAAAAAAAAAAAUCGACAUGCCUACACGUUAUGGUUCCUAAAAAGUCACAGCAGGUUUUCAGUCACCGCCAGUGCAUUUGCCUAUUAGGGGCGUAACUAGAGUUAAAGAAAAUCAGAUAGAGAAUUCGUUAAAAAUAGAAGUAAGAAAAAAGAAAUGAAGUGGUUGUGUGAGAGUAUAGAUGUGCACCCUCUUUCUUUUCUCUCUCUCUCUCUGGGCUUUUAUGUUCAGGUUUCUUUUUAUUUGGUGCAAGUGAUUCACAUGCGCUCGUACGCCCAACGUCUUGUACAGAAUGUAAGCAUAAGGAAUCUGGAUAAUGAGAUGAGAGGAAAUGGUCACUUUCUAGGAUGGAACAGUGACUUUCUACAUCGAAAAUGUGAAACAA